AAAACUUAUCUUUGCAUAUGCAUACAUAACGUAUUACUAACAGCCGCAGCAUUUACUAAAUCGUGACCUAGUAAAAUAAGCAGUGUUGUGCACAUAAAAUGGAGCUUAUUACAGUCAAAACGGAGGUUCCGUCCGUGGCAGCUAAAAUUGACCAUGACGGGCAAUUGUCAGACAUACACCUUCCUGACCACAUCAACGAUGGUGUUAAUAAAACUCAGCUGAAAUUUGCCGAUACAAAUAACUCAGUGAUUAAAAUAGCACGCAAAACAAAGACAUGUGUGGAUGAUAACUUUGACAGGAUUGUUUUGUUUGGAAAAGUUUUGUUGUUCCUGGGAUACUUUGUGUAUUUUGGGUUCGCAUUAUCUUAUCACAUAGGAGAUGAAGGCUCCUGGAGGCUUAUCGGAUGUACGAUUCUAGGGGUUUGGAUAAUCUCCUGGAGUUUGCUGAAGAAGACACAAUGUUACUCUUGCUGGUCUUCCAUUGUUGAGAACUUCUUUGAUAAAUAUUCAAAGGGGAAGAGCAGUUUGAUAUUGAGAUGGUUCUUGUACGUGGCCAUGACAGUGUUUAUGGUUGUAUAUGUGAUUAUGUUUGUGGCAAUGGAGACACCAGGAAAUCUGAGGUCGUUGAUAGGGCUAUUCGGAUUCCCAUUUUUAAUGUUCCUGUAUUCAAACAACAAACGUAAGGUAAACUGGCAUACAGUUUACUGGGCUAUGGCACUGCAGUUUAUCAUGGCAUUGUUGAUAUUGAAGACAAGUUGGGGAGCAUCUAUUAUACGCUGGUGCGGGGACAGACUCGAGUCUUUCAUUGGUAACGGAGAGGCCGGAAGUAUUUUCAUAUUUGGGGAAAAAUAUAAGGAUCAUCCGCUUGCGUUUGGUUCAACGGUCCAAGCUUUCGUUCUCAUCGUCGGCAUGUCGGUUUUGACAUAUCUCGGCGUCAUCAAGUACGUUGUUGAAACUGUAGGACGGGCACUUUCAUUCUGUAUUGGAACAAGCCCAUCGGAGGGGAUCAACGCUGUUGGAAAUAUAUUCUUACAUGUGCCAGAAUCAGUAAUGUUAAUACAAGAGUACCUGCCAGAUAUGACGCCAUCUCAGCUGUUUGUGACGUAUGCCGGUGGUAUGGCCACUGUUGGAGGAGUAAGUCUAGUGAUCUUCAUGUCUUCUGGGGUGCCGGCGGCUCCACUGGUCGCAGCAUCUGCCAUGUCGGCGCCGGCAGCUCUUGCUACAGCUAAACUUUGCUUUCCUUCUCACGAUGAAGAAGAAGUUCCAAUACCGACGAAAGACGGUAAAGGUUUGGCAGAAAAAGCGACUUUUCUAAGGCACCCAAAAUCAUUAAUGGAUUCAAUUAUGCUUGGAAUACGUCAGAGCGUUUCGCUUGUUGUCCAGGUUGUUGCUUACGUCAUGACCUUCGUCAUCAUUUUAGAAUUUGUAAACAACACGUUGACGUGGUUCGGUGACAGGAUAGGUGUAGAAAACAUGACAAUAGAGUUCCUGUUUUCAUUUGUAUUCUACCCGUUUGCAUUUAUGAUGGGGGCAAGACCAGAAGAUUGUUUACUCAUCGGAGAGCUUCUUGGAAUACGGACCUUCAGUUUUGCAAUUGUAGCGUACCCCAAGCUAGGCCCUAUCAUGCUGAAUGGUUUGGCUUAUCGUUCCUACAUUGGCGACAGUGUAAACAAUACAUGGACUCACGCUGGUGACGACAUCGUUUUGGACAACCUGAAUCAGACACUAGUGGGUGGAGUGAUCGAUCAAAGAUCGGAAAUAAUUGCUACCUACGCAUUGUGUGGCUCAGCCUCGUUUGCGAUUAUGGGUUUGACCAUCGGUUGCUUUGAAGUGAUAGUACCAAACAGAAAAGGGGAGAUAACUGAAAAUAUUUUCAGAUCAAUGGUUGCUGGAACUGUAGCAAGUUAUCUCACAGCUAGUUUUGCAGGAUUACUGUACGAUGAUGCAGUGGUGACAUAGUGGUGAAAAUCGCUACUAAAGACUCUUCAAAGCAUACCGCUGAAUGAUGAAAAUCUGGACAUUCUUUUUUUGUUCUUUUUUUUUUCGAUAUUUUCUAACAUAUGCAUGUAAUAUCUUGGAUUACGUAAUUACUUUUAUAAAACCUUAUAAAUUGAAUAUUUGAAUUUAUACAGGCUGUCUUCUUCACACCCUAUAACGUGAUAGCGCGACACCGGAGUUUGUUGUCGAUUAGAAGUUAGUAUUUUCAAUUUUUUCUUUACACAAUGUGAAUCAAUGAAAAGCAGACUCAUACCAGGUUUCGAGGAUAGAAAGAGGCAACUAAAGGAAUGUUUUCUGAAUUAAAAAGACCACCAAAUAAUCAUACAGAUGGCUAAUCCAUGGCCAGAUUUUCGUUGUUUUAGAUAUUGAACCGCGGAUUUUUUCUCAUUUCUGAAGCAACAAGCUUGGCAUUACCCUCAAUAGAAAGCCAAACAUUCUCUCUCUUUGUCUGCCAAAUAUCCCGGCGAAAUCUUCAUUGCUUGCGAAAAUACGAGGUGUUAAAGUCGGAUGGGUAGACCAAAAAUGUUCUGGCUGACACCAAAUACUUCCCAGGGAAGGUUCUUACUGACACCAACUUUUGAAGAUUAGAUGUUCUGUCUGACACCAGCAUUUGAUCAUACUUUUGUUUGCCUUUAUUUCGCUCGGUUUGCAGUAUUUUAUCGAAUUUGCGCAUGUUUUCGGGUAUAACGGAUCGUUAAAUUCAUUUUUCUGAUAAGGGUUUAGGUUAUAGUGUAGAAAUUCACCGUAAUUCGGUCGAAAAUGUGCCUUCGUGGUGUUGUUGAAAGUAGUAUACAUAAAAAAUACUUACUUUUUUAUUUUUGGCACUUUUG